AUGACUAGGUAUGAGCACCUGGUGAAAGACAAGGUGCUUCGCCCAGAUGAUGAUCAGAAAGCCAUCAUUGGGAGACUACAGCGGUUAUGGGAUGACUUGAAGGAUUAUGACCCUGGACCUGUUCCUCCGAAGGCGCCGGAGCCGUCAUCGUCCCCGUCUUUUUUCGGCAAGCUGUUUUCGAAAACCCCUGCCCAUCCGGAACCCACUGUCGCCCUUGAGAAUGUUCCGAAAGGGCUCUAUCUCUACGGCUCGGUCGGCACUGGCAAAACCAUGCUCAUGGACCUAUUCCACUCUACCGUCCCCGAUCAAUUCCGACCCGUUUCUCAAGGCGGAUACGGUUCAACUAGAAUACAUUUUCACUCCUUCAUGCUCGACGUCCUCCAGCGACAGCACAAAGCGGUGGCAAAGUACGAGGCGGCGGGCCUGAAGAAGAGGGAUGUCAUGCCAGAAGUGGCUCAGAGUUUGGCAGAAGAGGGACGGGUGUUAUGUUUUGAUGAGUUCCAGGUCACGGACAUUGUCUCUGCGAUGAUCUUGAGGGGCCUCUUGGAGAGACUUAUGGGUUUCGGGGUCGUGUGCAUCAUGACGUCCAAUCGACAUCCUGACGAGCUCUACAUCAACGGCAUCCAACGUGAAUCCUUCAUCCCGGCCAUCGAACUCAUCAAAGAGUGUUUCGAAGUGGUCGACCUCAACUCUGGUACAGACUAUCGAAAAAUACCUCGCGCGCUCAACAAAGUCUACUUUGAUCCCCUGACCCCCGCUGUCCGCACAGAGAUCUCAAAGCUAUUCAGCUCCCUCGCUUCAAGAGAUCCAGUAUCGACUAAAAUUGUGCACAACAGGAAGAUCGAGCUAUGGGGACGAAAGUUGACAGUACCAGAGUCUUCGGGGAGUGUCGCAAAGUUCCAGUUCAGUGAUCUCUGUGACAAGCCUCUGAGUGUGGCGGACUAUCUUGAAGUGACGGGCAAAUUUGGGACAGUCUUUGUGGAAGAUAUUCCCAGACUAGGCCUGAGCGAGAGAGAUCAGGCGAGACGAUUCAUCACCUUUAUCGAUGCUUGCUAUGAGAACAAGACGAAGCUGUUCUGCUCAAGUGACGUGCCCAUAUUCCAAGUCUUCUCGGACAAACAUGGAGCUGGCUCAGCAGCAGACGACGAGCAGGUCAAGACGGUGAUGGACGACCUUGGGCUGGACGCGAAAGCGGUUGGAUCUUCGUCACUCUUCUCAGGUGACGAAGAGUUGUUUGCGUUUGCGAGAUGUGUCAGUCGACUAUCGCAGAUGGGGACCAAAGAGUGGUCAGAAACGUCAGGCAGAUGA